AUGGACUUCUUACCAGAGAACCUCCAAACAGUCCUUCAGAAUCCUGCAUUCACCUAUCUCCAAACAACAACACAGGACCAGCUCACAACAAAACUCUCGCACCUACGUACAAUGGUGCUCCAACCAUACCUAAUCGAGCCCUUGUCGAGUUUCCUCGCCUCCUACUCCUCCUCCAUCCCAGACCUGCUCUCAGUAUUCAUCCUCCUCAUCAUACUCUUCGUCUCCGUUAAGAUUCUAGGAUACGCCUACCGCGUGGUCAUGUUCUGGGUCACACUCGCUUUCAGGCUUGCCUUCUGGGGCACGAUUAUCGGCAUCGGCUACUAUGUCUACAGCGUCGGUGUUGAGAAUGCGAGCAGGGAUUUCGGGUGGCUUUCUGGUGUGAUAUAUGGAUUUGUGAACGAUUUCCAGGAAAAGAGUAAGAUCGCUGCGGCGGCUUACGCGGGGAACCCCAAGUAG